AGUCUGGCACGACGCAUGAAAUCUGCUUCCAAUUCGCUGCUUCGAAGUGUGCUGAUUCAAGUGUAUGAAGGUGAGAGAACAAGGACCAGAAACAACAACUUGCUUGGUAAAUUCGAGCUCUCUGGCAUUCCCCCAGCACCCAGGGGUGUUCCACAGAUCACAGUGUGCUUUGACAUUGAUGCCAACGGUAUCUUCAAUGUGUCUGCUGAGGACAAAACCACUGGACAGAAGAACAAGAUCACCAUUACCAAUGACAAGGGUAGGCUCUCAAAGGAUGAGAUAGAGAAGAUGGUUCAGGAGGCGGAGAAGUACAAAUCUGAGGAUGAAGAGCAGAGGAAGAAGGUUGAGGCAAAGAACGCAUUGGAAAACUAUGCGUACAACAUGAGGACCACAGUGAAGGAUGAGAAGAUUGGGGCCAAACUUUCCGCAGAAGAUAAAAAGAAGAUCGAAGAUGCCAUUGAACAGGCCAUCCGAUGGUUGGACACCAAUCAACUUACCGAGGCUGAUGAAUUCGAAGACAAGAUGGAGGAGUUGGAGAGCAUCUGCAACCCCAUCAUUGCAAAGAUGUACCAGGGUGCUGGAAUGGAUGAUGAUGUCCCAGCUGGAGGAAGCGGUGCUUGCCCCAAGAUCGAGGAAGUUGACAAAAGUUUUUUUCCUAUAUCUUAG